AUGGUUCAUGGAGCAAAUCAAGACGAAGGAAAAUUCUUGCUAAGGAUCAAUGACGCCGACGUCCAUUGGGCAUUUCUUGGGCAUUUCCCAACAACAACUGUGCUAGGCCGCAGCAUACGACGGCCUUGGCGCAUCCAGCACUACUUUUCUUUCCUAUAUCCUGUUGUUGCGGCGAGCCAGUCUUCCGCCGUCUGUCGCUGUCUGUAUGGAGAGCCUUGUUGGCCCGAUCAAUCAGCCUUUGCUGCCCUCUCGGCCAACGUCUUUCAACCACUCCUACGGCCUGUACCUGCCGCGUAUGCUUGUUAUACCCCAUCGUCACCCUCCGGAAACUGCACUGAUGUUACCGCCAAUUUUUACAAUGGGAGUUGGCGGUCCGAUCAACCAGGCGCACUACAGAACAUUAAUUUUGAAACGUACACCUUCAAGAAUGGGACGAUCGAUGGGUGCUACUUGAACACAACCCUCGGGUUUCCAUGCGACCAAGGGAGCGUGCCUCCAGUCGGGGUGGACGCGAGAGUCGUCGGCGAUAUACAAGCGGCAGUGAAAUUUGCGGUCAAGUACAACUUGCGCUUAGUUGUGAAAAACACUGGGCACGAUUAUCUCGGACGAAGCACUGCUCGCGGGAGUUUUCUAAUUUGGACACAUCAUCUGAAGAACAUCACAUUCAAUGCUUCAUUCGUUCCAGAAGGCGCUCCUUCCACGAGCGAGACCUACAACGCUGUCACACUUGGUGCCGGUGUGCAGUGGAACGAGGCUUAUGUCGCCGCGCAUCAACAAGGGCGAUUCGUGAUUGGCGGUCUAUCAGCCGGAGGAUCUGUUGGUGCUGCUGGUGGGUGGGUCAUGGGUGGGGGCCACAGCGCCUUUUCGUCCCGCCAUGGACUCGGUGUCGACAACGUCAUCCAAUUUACUAUUGUCGAUUCCGCUGGUGACCAUCUCACGGCCAACGCCCACAAAAACUCUGAUCUCUUCUGGGCGUUAAGAGGGGGUGGCGGGGGAACUUACGGUGUCGUGACGUCUGCCACAUACCGUACAUACCCAGAAUUCCCUCUCACAGUGCCUGUGGUGAAAGCCAACUUCUCGUCCCCCGCUGUGGCACUGCAGGUUGUAACACAAUACGUCAAACUGCAUCCAGGGCUCGCAGCCGCCGGCUGGGGAGGGUAUUCGUCUUUGUCAAACGAUAAUAUUGAAUUCUUUUACACUGCGCCCAAUGUUUCAACGACUGAGGCCAACGCCACACUCUUACCCUUCCUCGAAUUUACGCGGAACGCGACGGGCGGGGCGUUGUUUUUCACUAUGCUCUCUUUUGACUCCUUUUACUCGGCGUACAAUUCUCUGUUCGCCAACGAAAUAGCACAAGUGGGAUAUUCAGUCGAGAUUGCUUCUCGGUUAUUAUCCACGGACCUGACGAUAACAAACCCGGAAACUGUAGCAGAGACGAUGCUGACGGUGGAUGGCGGGGUCUCGAUGAACUUUGUCGCAGGGGGCGCAGUUGCGAAAGCAGACCCUGAAUCGACUGGAUUAAAUCCAGCAUGGCGGAAAACUCUUGGUGAAGUUUAUGUAACCGUCGGUUGGCCUGCCGGUUCUUCGAGCUCCGUGGUGAAUCUGGCCGUGGAGAGUUUGAAGAAUAAUACCGAGAUUAUAGACCGACUCUCGGUGGAUUCGGCUUCAUAUUUGAACGAGGGGUCUUUGCAUGAGAAGGACUUCAAGAAGACGUAUUUCGGGGCACACUACAAGAGGUUGAAAUCUAUCAAGGCGAAGUACGACUCUCAUGGUCUUUUCGUUGUCGCUGAGGGCGUGGGUUCAGAGGACUGGGACGCAAGUUUAAAUUGUCGGCUGUGA